AUGCUCAAGAUAUACAACAUAGAUAGCUCAGACCGAGAGAUAUCCUGUUUCAACGAUACCAUAGUGGUAGAGGGCACCGGCCAAUUCGCCUCAGUAUAUUACUGCAAGGUCGUGGUAACGCGACAAGUGGGCACCGUGCAUGACGCACGACGCGAGCGCUCACGCGGCGAGCAGCGCGACUUGAUCUCAACCGCCACCCUGAGCGCCCCCAUCUUCUCGGCCUACUUUCCCCCGACUACAUGCCUCAGGAAGCCACACCAGCCUGCCAAGCACAAGCGUGCAACCUACAAGACUGUCUAUCAGCCAAUACGUAUACACCUCAGAAGUGUGAGGAGCAUAUGA